AUGGCCGUCGACGUUGAAGAGCUUAUUCUCUAUCCGUUUCGGGAGGUAGUCGAGAGGGGGGAAGAAUCUGCCAAAAAUGCGCACGAAGCACACGAGGAGGAGCCAGAACUGGCCCGCGAGAUGGCGAAAUCAGCAAGCGCCAUCACCAAGGAAGGCCAACGGGCAUUGAAGAGGUUGCAGCCUUUGUGGGACAGCCAGAUUGAGAAGCAUGGAGACAACUUCAAAGACACAAUUGCCGACAAUAAUGACCUGGCGGAGAAACGGAAAGCACUAGAAGAGCUGCUGUAUGAUUUUGAGGAUUACAUUGAAGUAGACACCUUCGACUUGACUAAAUUUGUCGAGCUACAGGCUGCUACUAGAUCGUUCGCCCUGGUUGUACUAGACGCGAUCCAGAGGACCAAGAUUGACACCAAAACUCCGCCCGCGCCGGUCCACAAGUUCCCGCCAUUACCACCUCUGCCUCCUUCGCUAGCAUCGUCAAUCAAGAGCAACCCUCCACCCCGACCGGCACCACCCCCACGGGUAGCUAGUCACGGGGCCGCCAGCAUUUCCUUAUUUCCUGCCGUCCCACGGCAACCCAAGCCGCAAGUGAGCCGGGGUAACACGCGAGGCUCCUACGGAUCAACGGACAGCACGACCACGAGGCUGACUCACUCGAGGGCCGAGUCAACAGAGUCCGAUCCUAGAUCGUCUCGCGUUGUACCUGGGAGUAUACCAUCCAACAGAGACGGGCGGCCGCGGCCGUUGUCGCCGGAUGCUCUCGGCGAUGAAAUGGGUCGGCUGAGAGUCGUCACACCCCAAGAGCGUGUACAGCCAUGGACAUCAGAUUGGGUUGAGGAGCAGACCUCGGUUCCUAAACCUCGACGGCCUGUCCGUGGAAGCAUCCCCGAAAAUACCGCCGUGGUUGGUGAUGCCUUUUGCGACGGCACAUUUAUCGCGCGGGGUAAUCGCAUAGGCUUCGACAACUCGACACCACAGAGCUCAGUAUUUGAUCCCAUCAGUCCUUCAACAACAAGUAGAACGUCAGUCUACUCGGAUGUUCCUACUCAAUCGUCGAGUGUCACUUCUACUAAAAUUUCGACUGUUGAUGCCAGGAUGUCUCCGAUUGCAGCAACAAGAUUCGAACAGGCUCUAACAACAACUUUCCCGCCCUCGGGGCAAUUCGCCGACGGACUGAUGCUGGCCAGCGAACAAGCGGUAUCAGAAACCAGCACACAUCGUCUGAGGUCAAUCUCAACACUGGAAAAGGAAGAGGGGUGUUUGAUCGGGCCGAAGAGCUCUUUUCACCAACUCAAAGGAUUCUGUGACGGCGCACUAUCAUUCCGCCGAGGAGGAUAUUGGGAUGGCAUCAAGCAGACAAUGGCAUGGGGCGAACCACUUCUCAUCGGCCGUUGCAUAGAUUGCGAAUAUCAUCAUUUGCACAAAGCGCUGGCUCUCGAUAAAGAGGGUGACUCCCGUGCAAACUUUUCAAAGUAUGGUAUUGUCUACCGUGUCCGCUUCCUGGUCAAAUCACACAUUGCGGUCAAAACAGCAUCGGAAACUCGGUAUGCGUGUCUGUUCUGCACCCAUUUCGGACAGACCGUCCACGAGGCGGAUGCAACCGUCUUCCAGAGCGCAGAUCAGCUCCUCAAACACGUAUCUAGCCAUCCUCAGCCUCUUCCACAAGUUCCCGGUGUGACUGUCCUGUACGGUCAAGUCGACAAGGACCAUGAUCCCAUCGAGGACUACGACGUCCACUUCCCAUCGUCCCCGGCGCCAAGUCCAUUCCCCGAUCAUGACAUCCUCGCACAAUUUCCCGUCGCCACGGCUCUAAAGAGCUACGUUCAGCGGAAGGGUGAGAACUUGGUAGGCCCUGACGGCAGCCCCAACGUUCUUCAAUUCUUCGUCGGUGCGAGGAUUGUCGGUGUCGAGUUCCCAGAGCAAUGGGGCGGCAAGUGGUGCACUGGCUGGCAUGACGGCGUGCAAGGCCCAUUCCCAUCUAAACUUGUUGAGAUUGAGAGUCCAAGGCAGAACGAGAUUUCUUUCCAAGCCACCAGUGCGGUAUCAUUGACUACGCGAUGGAAAUGGGAUCCUCCGGACAACUCAAGGGCGGGCUGGUUGACUUUUGGGAAGGGGGAAGCCAUCAGAAACGUCGGAUGGCUUUACCAGGACCAUUGGUGUUGGUCUGGGACAAAUAGCAAAGGGAAAUUUGGCAUCUUCCCUCAGUCACACGUAAGCCCUCAAUCCCUAAAGGAGGGUUCUUUACCGCCGUCUAUAAAGCGCCCACAAACCAGCGGGCCCAUGAGGAUAUUCAGUCGACGAAGAAAGAGUACUAGCACGGCCUCCUCAAUGAGUGGAGAUCCUUAA